AUGGAUCCCAAAACACAUCAGGCACACCAACAGAUCCUUCGUCCCCUGUCUGUCAAACAGAACAAGACAGAAGUCUCUAUCCUCGUUCCAGCAGACAUCUGGGUCUCUGCCGAACAACUCAAGGAAGAAUUCCCUACUCAUACCGAUGAAUUCGAAGCAGCAGCAGCAGCAGGAGAGGAGAUGGCCCCUAUUGAGCUGUCCGCACGCUUCAUGGAAUAUGCUGCAACCCGCGCCUCAAAGGAGCAGCAGUUCUUGCCCGUAGCACGGACCAGCUUUAUCGAUUUUGGCGCACAGUAUCUCAAGAACAACGACGUACACGCCAUCACCCGCGACUUGCCCCUCGAUUCUAGAAAGGUAGUCAUCCGUGCCUACUAUGCAUCCCUCGUCGUCCUCCGGGAGCACAAGACCCUGUCAGCACAAGAAAUUAAGCCAGUACAAUCGGCUCUUUUCGCUGCUGCCGCCCGUGGUGACACCAAGCUCUUUGCUAUCUUUGGUGGCCAAGGCAACAUCGAAGAGUACUUUGAUGAACUCGAAGAUAUCUGGACCACCUACAACGGCCUCGUCAAAACCUUUGUCGAACGCAUGGCCGGCGUCCUCACAGAGUAUGCUCGCAGCCCAGAAGCAAGCAUCUUCCACUCAAAGGGUCUCAACAUCCUCCAGUGGCUCAACAACCCAGAACUUAGACCCGAUCUCCAGUACUUUAUCUCUGCUCCCGUCAGUAUCCCCCUCAUCGGUCUGACCCAGCUCCUCCAAUACUAUGUCACCCUCCGCGUCUUGGAUCGCACACCCGCAGAAAUCAGAGAUCUCAUCAAGGGUUCUACUGGUCAUAGUCAGGGUAUCAUUCCUUCCGUCGUCAUCUCUUCUUCUUCAACCGAAGAAGAAUUCUUCAACAACAGUGAAAAGGCUCUCGGAUUGCUGUUCUGGAUCGGUACUCGCGCCCAGCAGGGAUACCCCACCACAACCCUCAACCCUGCCAUUCUCGAAGAUUCUGUCUCCAACAAUGAGGGCAGCCCCACUCCUAUGCUGUCAAUCACCGGCCUCAGAGAGAGCCAGGUUGUCAAGCACCUCCAGACCACAAACUCCCAUCUUGCCCCUGACCGUCAAAUCGAAAUCACUCUCUUCAACGGUCCCCGCUCCUUUGUCUGCACUGGCCCUCCCCAGUCUCUUUAUGGUCUCAACCUGAGUUUGCGCAAGCUCAAGGCACCCACCGGUCUCGACCAAUCUAGAAUCCCCUUUUCUGAGCGCAAGAUCAAGUUCUCUUCCCGCUUCUUGUCCAUCACCGCCGCCUUCCACAGUUCCUACAUCAAACACACCGUCCCAACAAUCGUCAAGGAUGUCGAGCGUCACAAUCUUAGAUUCAAUGCCAAGGAUCUCAAAAUGCCAGUUUUUGCCACUGAUACAGGUGCCGACAUGAGUUCAUCUCCCGAUUUGACACUCGACCUCAUCAAGCUUAUCUGUUGUUUGCCUGUACACUGGGAAAAGGCUAUUGCUAUCAAGGGAUUGAAGCAUAUCAUUGAUUUCGGACCAGGUGGAACCUCUGGUAUCGGUGGUCUGACCUACCGUAACAAGGAAGGUACCGGUGUUCAGAUCGUCUUGGCCGGUGCACUUGAGGGUAACAACCGCGAUUUGUCCUACAAGGCAGACCUGUUUGAUGCAGAUCUGCGUGCCGUCACAUAUUCCCAGGACUGGGCAGAGGUCUUCCAGCCCAAGUUGGUCAAAAUUGCUAGCAAUGGUCGCAUUCAUAUUGACACCCGUAUGUCACGUUUGUUGGGUAAGCCCCCCAUGAUGGUUGCAGGAAUGACUCCCUCUACCGCAAACGAAAAGUUCGUCUCGGCUGUCAUGAACGCCGGUUACCAUAUCGAACUUGCUGGUGGUGGACAGACCAACGAGAAGAAGCUCCGUGACAAGGUCGACAGCAUCAUGAAGCUCACUCGUGCCGGUGAGGGUAUUACUCUCAACAUCAUUUUCCUCAACGUCCGUCAGUGGGGUUUCCAAUAUCCUCUCAUCCAGGUCAUGCGUCGCCAGGGUCUUCCUAUGGAAGGUCUCUGCAUUGCUGCCGGUGUUCCCAGUCUCGAUGUUUCAAACGAGAUCAUUGAGAACCUCCAGAGUGCUGGUAUCCGUCACCUUGCUCUGAAACCCGGAAGCACAGACACUAUUCGUCAGACUAUUGCUAUCGCUGCUGCCAACCCCACUAUGCCAAUUAUUAUGGAAUGGACUGGUGGUCGUGGUGGAGGACAUCACAGUUUCGAAGACGUUCAUCAGCCUAUUCUCGAGACAUACGCUGCCAUCCGUCGCCAGCCCAACAUCGUUCUUGUUGCUGGAUCCGGCUUCGGUGGUGCCGACGACACCUUGCCUUACAUGACUGGUGACUGGGCCCUUAAGUUCGACUAUCCCCCCAUGCCAUUCGACGGUAUCCUGUUCGGUUCGCGUAUGAUGGUCUGCAAGGAAGGUCUUGCUUCUGAGGCUGCCAAGCAGGCUAUGGUAGACGCCCCCGGUGUGGAUGAUGCUGAUUGGGAAAAGACCUACAAGGGUCCUGCCGGUGGUAUUAUUACCGUUCGUUCCGAGUUGGGCGAGCCUAUCCACAAGGUCGCCACUCGUGGUGUCCGUCUUUGGAAGGAGUUGGACGAGACCAUCUUUGCUUUGCCCAAGGAUAAGCGUCUGCCUGCUCUUUUGGCCAAGAAAGAUUAUAUCAUCAAGCGCCUUAACGCCGAUUUCCAAAAGGUUUGGUUCGGUAAGAAGAGCACUGGCGAGGUUGUCGAUCUUCAGGACAUGACCUACACCGAGGUUGUCAACCGUAUGGUCGAGCUUCUUUACAUCAAGCACGAGCAGCGCUGGAUCGAUCCUACUCUCCGCAAUCUGGUCGGUGACUUCUUGCGCCGUGUAGAACAACGUUUCUCGACCACAUCCUCGAUCUCCACCCUCCAGAGCUUCUCCCAGCUCGAGAACCCCUAUGACUUCAUUCCCGAUUUCUUGGCUCUCUUCCCCGAAGCCGAGAACCAGUUGUUGACUACCGAGGAUGUACUACAGUUUGUGACCAUGUGUAACCGUCGUGGACAGAAGCCUGUGCCUUUCAUUCCCGUUAUGGAUAAGGACUUUGAUGUCUGGUUCAAGAAGGAUUCGUUGUGGCAGUCUGAGGACUUGGCCGCUGUUGUUGACCAGGAUGUCCAGAGAACCUGUAUUCUCCACGGCCCUGUCGCUGCCAAGUACUGCACUCGUGCCGACCAGCCCGUAGCUGAGAUCCUCGGUGACAUCUACGAGAGCCACAUCAAGAGCUUGAAGGAGGUCUACUACAAGAACAACGAGAGCGCCAUUCCCGAGAUCGAGUACCUUGGUGGUGCACCCAUCAAUAACAUCAUCAUCAAGCCUAACUCGACAUCCACCACCGAGCAGGUCUACCAGAUGCCCAACGACGAUGCAUCCUUGCCCGAGAGUGAGGAGUUCUUCCAGGCUAUCGCCGGUCCCUCUUACAACUGGUUGCGCGCUGUCCUGACCUCUUCCUUCAUCGUCCAGGGUAAGCAGUUCAUCGACAACCCUCUCCAGCGCAUCUUCCGCCCCCGUGUUGGCCAGAAGAUCACAAUCACCAACAGUGGAAAGAAGAUCGUCGGCAUCAAGGUCCAGGACAAGCGUCCCUGGAGUGCCAACGGAAAGACCUCCGAAUUUGUUACCUCUGUCGAGGCCAAGUUCGACGGCAAGAUGAUCGACCUCAAGCUCUACGAGAAGAGAGAUUCUAUCUUGGUUCCUUUCCAGUUGCACUUUGAGUACAAGCCCGAGCUUGGUUAUGCUCCUAUCCACGAAGUUAUGGAGGGUCGUAACGAUCGUAUCAAGGACUUUUACUACAAGUUGUGGUUCGGUCCCGAGGCCAAGGAAGAUUUCCUUAACUUCCCUGUCAACGAAAAGUUGAUUGGUAAGGGUGAAGUUGUCAAGGCUGGCGACAUCAAGGACUUCUGCCAGGCUGUUGAUAACAAUGCCGAGAUCUACGUCGAUCGCGGUCAGAAGAUCAUCUAUGCGCCCAUGGACUUUGCUAUCGUCGUAGGCUGGAAGGCCAUCAUCAAGGCCAUUUUCCCCAAGGUCAUUGACGGCGAUCUGCUCAAGUUGGUCCAUCUCUCCAACGGUUUCCGUCUUCUCGAAGGCAGUGAUCUUCUCCAGGUUGGCGAUGUUGUGGAUACCUAUGCCCAGAUCAACGCUAUCAUCAACACCGACUCUGGAAAGAUGGUCGAGGUUAAGGGUGUCAUUGUCCGGGACAACAAGCCCGUUCUCGAGGUCACCAGUCAGUUCUUGUACCGUGGACAGUUUGACGAUUUUGAGCACACCUUUGAGCGCAAAUCCGAGACCCCUAUGGAGUUGAACCUUAAGGAGACCAAGGACAUUGCUGUCCUUAUGGCCAAGGAGUGGGUCGACUGGAACGAAGAGUUUGAGAACUACGAGCUUACCCCUGGCUGCUCUUUGAUCUUCCGUUUGAACACCGAACUCAAGUACAAGAACAAGAAGGUCUUCUCUAGCGUAAAGACAACCGGUACCGUGUCCAUGCAGGUCUCUACCAAGGAAAUUGUCGAGAUUGGUAUGGUCGACUACGAGGCCGGCGAGUCUCACGGUAACCCUGUGAUCGAGUACCUGAAGCGCAACGGCAAGGAGAUUGAGCAGGCUCACUUCUUCGAGAACGGCGGUUACUCUGUUAUGCCCAGUCAGUCUUCUUACUCUUCUGUUGUGCACGCUCCUGCUUCCAACGAACCCUAUGCCAAGAUCUCUGGUGACUUUAACCCUAUCCACGUCAACCCAUACUUUGCUGAUCUUGCCGUCCUUCCCGGAACCAUCACCCACGGUAUGUGGACCAGUGCUUCCACUCGUAAGUUCGUCGAGAUGUUCGCUGCUGACAACGUUCCCCGUCGCGUUGUUGCAUAUGAUGUCAAGUUUGUCGGCAUGGUUCUUCCUUCUGACCGCCUCGAGACCAAGUUGUACCACACUGGUAUGAAGAACGGUCGUAAGAUCAUCAAGAUCGAGACCGUCAACCAGAACAACGAGCACAUCGUUCAGGGUACUGCCGAAGUUGAGCAGCCUGUUACUGCCUACGUCUUUACUGGUCAGGGUUCUCAGGAGCAGGGUAUGGGUAUGGCUUUGUACGCCUCUUCUCCCGUUGCCAAGGCUAUCUGGGACAGAGCCGACAAGCAUCUUAUGGAGAACUACGGCUUCUCUAUUCUUGAGAUCGUUCGCGACAACCCAAAGGAGAAGACUGUUCACUUUGGUGGUCCCCGCGGUAACAAGAUCCGUCAAAACUACAUGAGCAUGACUUACGAUCAGGUCGAGUCGGACGGUACCAUCAACACCCUCCCUCUCUUCCCCACCAUCCACGAACGUACCUCUUUCCACACCUUCCGUGCUCCCAACGGUCUCUUGUUCGCCACCCAGUUCACCCAGCCUGCCCUUACUCUUAUGGAGAAGGCUGCUUUCGAGGACAUGCGUGCCAAGGAAUUGAUCCAGUCCAACUGUGCCUUUGCUGGUCACUCUCUGGGUGAGUACGCCGCCCUUGCCUCUGUUGGUGAUGUAUUGCCUCUCGAGUCCUUGGUCGAUGUCGUUUUCUACCGUGGUACCACAAUGCAGUCCUCUGUCAAGCGUGACAAGGAUGGUCGCUCUGAAUAUGGUAUGGCUGCUGUCAACCCUGCUCGUGUAUCCAAGUCAUUCAACGACACUGCCCUCCGUUACGUUGUUGACUCGAUUGCCCGCCAGAGCAACGAUGUUUUGGAGAUUGUCAACUUCAACGUCGAGAACUGGCAGUACGUCACCGCUGGUUCGAACAAGAACCUCGAUACUCUCGCCAACGUUCUCAACUACAUCAAGGUGUCCAACAUUGAUUUGCAGAAGUUGAUGGAGACCAUGCCCCUCGAGGAAGUCAAGAAGCACUUGAUGGAUAUUAUCGAAGGUGGUAUGGAGAAGACCCAGCAGAAGAUUGCCUCCAACGGUGGUCGUCUCGUCUUGGAGCGUGGUCAUGCUACUGUUCCCCUUCCCGGUCUGGAUGUUCCCUUCCACUCUUCCUUCCUCUUGAGUGGUGUCACUCCUUUCCGUAACUACCUUGCUACCAAGUUCAACCCCACCGACAUCGAUGUCGCCAUGUUGACUGCCAAGUACAUUCCUAACUUGACUGCCGAGCCCUUCAGCACAAGCAAGGCUUACAUCGAGCGCGUCUACAACCAGACCUCCAGCCCUCGUCUUGCCAAGGUACUCAAGCAGUGGACUGACGACAAGUAUGCUUCGGCUGCUCAGCAGCAGCGCCUUGGUUACAUCCUCUUGGUCGAGUUGCUCGCCUACCAGUUCGCCUCUGCCGUCCGCUGGAUCGAGACCCAGGACCAACUCUUCAAGCACUUCAAGAUCGAGCGUUUGAUCGAAGUCGGUCCUUCGCCCACUCUUGUCGGUAUGGCCACCCGUACUUUGAACAUCAAGUACCAGGCUUAUGACAAUGCUCUCAGCAACCGCCGUGAAAACCUUUGCAUCACCAAGGAUUCCAAGGAAAUCUACUACGAUUUCGAGACUUCUGAGGAGGAAGCUGCACCUGCACCUGCAUCUGCUGCUGCUGCUGCCCCUGCUGCCGCUGCCGCUCCUGCUCCAGUUGCUGCUGCACCCGUCGCCGCUGCACCUGCACCCACCGGAACUGCAUCCCCUAUGACUGAUGCCCCUGUUACUGCUGCUGAGAUCAUCAAUGUCGUCAUUGCUCAGAAGUUGAAGAAGUCUAUUGAUGAGGUCCCUAUGAGCAAGGCCAUCAAGGAUUUGGUUGGUGGCAAGUCUACUCUCCAGAACGAGAUUCUCGGUGAUCUCCAAAAGGAAUUCACCAACGGUGUGCCCGAAAAGGCCGAAGAGACUCCUUUGGACGAGCUUGCUGCUGCCGUUAGCCCCACUUUCUCCGGAACUCUCGGAAAGCACACCAGCACUUUGGUUGCCAAACUCAUCAGUGCCAAGAUGCCCGGUGGUUUCACUCUCAACAGUGCCAAGACCUACUUGUCGACUACCUACGGUUUCGGCGAAGGUCGCAUCGAGAGCACUUUGUUGACCGGUCUUACCAUGGAGCCUCCUGCUCGUCUCGGUUCCGAGGCUGAGGCCAAGACCUGGUUGAGCACCAUUGCUCAGGUUUAUGCCAACAAGGCUGGUGUCAGCUUGACAGGUCCCUCUGCUAGUGCCGGUGGUGCCGGUGGUGCAGCUGGUGGUGCCGUUGCUGUGAUCAACAGCGAAGAGUUUGACGAAUUGAAGGCCAAGCAGACCAACCUCAUCCACCAGCAGUUGAACUUGUAUGCUCGCUACUUGCAGCAGGACUUGCGCGGUGGUGACAAGAAGUACGAACAGGAGAAGACUGUUACCUUGAAGCUCCAGGCCGAGUUGGAUCAGUGGUUGGCUGAGAUGGGUGACACCUUUGCCGAAGGUAUCCUCCCCGUAUUCAGCCGUCUCAAGGCUCGUCAGUACGACUCUUACUGGAACUGGGUCCGCCAGGAUGCUUUGGAGAUGUGGUACGCCAUGAUCUUCGGAAACUUGGCUAUUGUUGAUCGUGAGGUUACUGCCAAGUGUCUUGCUAUCAUGAACCGUUCUUACCCUCAGUUGAUUGAUUACAUGCGUUAUACUGUUGAAAACUGCGCUGCCGACAAGGGUGAGACCUACCGUAUUGCCAAGGAGUUCGGUCAGGCUUUGAUCGAGAACUGUGUUGAAGUAUUGGCAGAGAACCCUGUUUACAAGGAUGUUACUUUCCCUACUGGUCCUCAGGUCACAGUUACUGCCACUGGUGAUAUUGUUUACAAGGAGGUUCCCCGUGAGGGCUGCCGCAAGCUUGCUGAUUAUGUCAAGGUCAUGGCUACUGGUAGCAAGACCACCGAGUUCUCUAACCGUCUCAAGGUUCAGCAGAACCUCGGCCGUCUUUACAAGAUCAUCCGUAACCAGAACAAGAUGAAGAAGACCACUAAGCUUUCCAUCAAGGAGUUGUACAGCGAUGUCCUCCGUGCCAUGUCCAUGUCCAACACUAUUGUCAAGGAGCACCGCGGUCGUCAGCGUCGUCUGUCCUCCACUGGUCGCACUGCCGAGCACAAGCGUAUCUCUGCCAAGGCUGCCAAGUCCGAGACCAUUCCCUUCCUUCACUUGAAGAAGCGCAACGACAACGGUGGUGACUUUGAGUUCAGCAGCCGCUUGACCAGCACUUACCUCGAUGUUCUGUCCGAGGUUGCCGAAAGUGGUUUGACCUUUGUCAACAAGUGUGUUCUCUUGACUGGUGCUGGUCGUGAUUCAAUUGGUUCCGAGAUCUUGAAGGGUCUUCUUGGCGGUGGUGCCAAGGUUAUUGUAACCACCUCUCGUUUCAGCCGUGCUGUUACUGAGUACUUCCAGGGUAUCUACAAGACCUUUGGUUCCCGUGGAUCCGAGCUUAUCGUUGUUCCCUUCAACCAGGGUUCUAAGCAGGACGUCGAUUCUUUGUUGGAUUACAUCUAUGACCCCAAGGGUCUCAACUGGGAUCUUGACAUUGUCAUUCCUUUUGCUGCAAUCCCUGAGAACGGCAACGAGCUCGACGAUAUUAACUCUAAGAGUGAAUUGGCUCAUCGUAUCAUGUUGACCAACCUUUACCGUAUGUUGGGUGCUAUCAAGAAGCACAAGCAGGCCAUUGGUUCGGACACUCGCCCCGCCGAGGUUAUCCUUCCCUUGUCUCCUAACCAUGGUACUUUCGGUGGUGAUGGUCUUUAUGGUGAAUCCAAGAUUGGUCUUGAGACUCUUUUCAACCGUUGGUACUCUGAGAGCUGGUCUAGCUACCUCUUGAUUGUUGGUGCUGUCAUUGGCUGGACUCGUGGUACUGGUUUGAUGGCAGGUAACAACAUGGUUGCUGAAGGUGUUGAGAAGUAUGGUGUACGCACCUUCUCUACCGUCGAGAUGUCUUUCAACAUUCUCGGUUUGUUGCACCCCAGCAUUGUCGAGUUGGCUCAGAACGAGCCCAUCUGGGCUGAUCUUAACGGUGGUCUUCAGUUCUUGCCUAACCUCAACGAAAUCAACACCCUCCAGAGAAAGGAGAUCCGCGAAACCGCCGAGAUCCGCAAGGCUGUCGCUCUUGAGUCUGCUCUGGACUUCAAGAUUGUCCACGGUUCUGAGGCUGACCGCACCUACACUCCUUACACCAUCACCCCUCGUGCUAACAUGAAGUUCGACUUCCCCAAGUUGAAGGCUUAUGACAACCUGAAGCACCUCAGCUAUCUCAGAGAUAUGUUGGACCUCGACAAGGUCAUCGUUGCAACUGGUUUCGGUGAAGUCUCGCCAUGGGGUAACUCCAGAACCCGUUGGGAGAUGGAGUCCAAGGGUGAAUUCUCUCUCGAGGGCUGCAUUGAAAUGGCCUGGAUCAUGGGUUAUAUCAAGCACCACCACGGUAACCUCAAGAACGGUCAGAGCUACUCUGGCUGGGUCGAUGCCAAGACCAACGAGCCCGUUGAUGAUUGCGAUGUGAAGACCAAGUACGAGAAGAAGAUUCUUGAGCACACCGGUAUCCGUUUCGUAGAACCCGAAAUCAACAAUGAGUACGACCCCAACAAGAAGUUCCUGAUGCAGGAGAUCAUUGUCGAUCACGACAUGGAGCCUUUCGAGUGCAGUCAGGAAGAGGCCCAGCAGUUCAAGUUGGAGCAGGGUAGCAAGGCUGACGUCUACGAGUCCUCCAAUGGUUCCUGGAUUGUGGUUCUGCUCAAGGGUGCUAUUCUUUAUGUGCCCAAGGCCCUUCGCUUCGAUCGUGUUGUACUUGGACAGAUCCCCACUGGUUGGGAUGCUGGUCGUUAUGGUGUUCCCCAGGAUAUCAUUGAACAGGUUGACCCCGUCACCCUUUACAACAUUGUUUCUACUGUUGAAGCCUUCAUUUCCUCUGGUAUCACUGAUCCCUAUGAGUUCUACAAGUAUGUCCACGUUUCCGAGAUCGGUAACACCACUGGUUCAUCUGUCGGUGGUUCUCUUGCUCAGCGUAAGAUGUUCCGUAACCGCAUGUUGGAUAAGCCUGUCCAGAAGGAUAUUCUCCAGGAGUCUUUCAUCAACACCAUGCCUGCCUGGGUCAACUUGUUGCUCCUUUCCAGCUCUGGUCCUAUCAAGACUCCCACUGAUGCUUGUGCUACUGGUGCUGUCUCCGUCGAGAUGGCUGUCGAGACUAUUUUGGCUGGUAAGGCUAAGAUCAUGAUUGCUGGUGCCACUGAGUCUACUUCCGAGGAGUCCAGUUACGAGUUCGCCAACAUGAACGCCACAUCCGACUCUGUUGCUGAAUUGGCCCGCGGUCGUACCCCAAGUGAGAUGUCCCGUCCUACCACCACCACCCGCAACGGUUUCAUGGAAGCUUGCGGUUCUGGUAACCACAUUCUCAUGUCUGCUUCUACUGCCAUUGAGAUGGGUGCCCCCAUCUACGGUAUCAUUGCCUUGACCAACACUGCCUCUGAUAAGGAAGGUCGAUCAGUGCCUGCUCCUGGUGCUGGUAUCCUUACCACUGCUCGUGAAGGUGGAACCAAGCGCCCUUCACCCUUGUUGGACAUCAAGUACCGUGCUAGACAGCUCAAGGCUCGUCGUGCCCAGAUCAAGAGCUGGUUGGAGAGCGAAUACGAGGUCUUGCGUGAGGAGUUGGAAGAGCUCAAGGCUAGCGGUGAAUUGAAGGCUGAUGAAGAGAACCAGUGGCUCGAGGAGCGCACUCACUUUAUCCAGAAGGAGGCUGUCCGCCAAGAGAAGGAAGCCAAGUCUACCUGGAGUAUGAACUUCUACAAGAACGAUCCCUCGAUUGCUCCUCUCCGCGGUGCCCUUGCCACCUACGGUUUGACCAUCGAUGACAUCAACGUCGCCUCUUUCCACGGUACCUCCACCAAGGCCAACGACAAGAACGAGUCGCGUGUAUUGAACCAGCAGUUGAAGCAUCUUGGCCGUUCCAAGGGUAACGCUGUUCUGGCCAUUGCUCAGAAGUACUUGACUGGACAUCCCAAGGCCCCUGCCGCCUCUUGGAUGGCCAACGGUGUCAUGCAGUGUCUCCUGAGUGGUAUUGUUCCCGGUAACCGCAAUGCCGACAACAUCGAUGAGGUCCUCAAGGAAUGUGAAUUUAUUGUCUACCCCUCGCGUUCCAUCCAGACUGACGGCCUCAAGGCUGGUCUUCUUAAGUCAUUCGGUUUCGGUCAGGCUGGUGGUGAGAUCUUGAUUCUCCAUCCCGACUAUGUUCUCGGUGCUCUUUCUGAAGGCGAAUAUGCCGCCUACCAGGCUAAGAACGCCAAGCGUUACGCCAAGGCUUACCGUUACCUCCACGAUUCCAUCACUGGUGUCGCUGAUUUCAUCCAGGUCAAGAACGAGCCUCCUUACAGCGACGCUCUCGAGUACUCAGUCUACCUGAACUCCAACGCACGCGCCGAGUUCUCCAAGGCCAAGAACAGCUGGGCAUUCAAUGAAAAGAGUGUCAAGCCUCUUGCUCUUCAGAGCGAUGCCACUGGUACCAAGUCUGUCUUGGCUUCUUUGGCUCAGCAGCAGGCUGGUGAGAAGGGUGUUGGUGUUGACGUCGAGCUUAUUUCCGACAUCCACAUUGAUAACGCUACCUUUUUGGAGCGCAACUUUACCGAGGCUGAGAUCAAGUACUGCCAAUCGAAACCCGUUCCCCAAGAUAGCUUCGCUGGACGCUGGUCAGCCAAGGAGGCCGUCUUCAAGGCCAUCUCUUCGUAUGCCAAGAUCCCAUCAAGCGGUGCAGGUGCCUCUCUUAAGGACAUUGAAAUCGGUAGCGAUGAAGUCGGUGCCCCCAAGGUCCAUUUGACUGGAAAGGCUGCAGAGGCCGUCAAGGCAGCUGGUGUCAAGAAUGUCACAGUUUCUAUUAGCCACAGUGGUUCUUACAGCGUAGCAGUUGCUCUUGCCCAAUAGUUUAGAUAUAUAUAUAUUUUUUCUUUUCCUUUCCUUUUUAAGUUUUAAUACUUGUUUCUUUAAAAAAAAACCACUUUUGAUGUGUGUUUGAAACUUAUAUUCUAUAUAUGUAAAAAAAAAACGGACUUUGUUCCAUUUGUUUCAAUAUUAUUUUAUAUUAAAAAAAAAUAAAAAUACAUAUAUGUGCUUUGAAUUAUCACAGUAG